AUGGCAGGAUUAGGCAUCAUAGCUUCCGUCGUCCAGAUCGCAGACGUCGGCCUUCGCCUCAGCAUCAAACUCUACACCUUUGGCGAAAUAGUCGCCAGCGCAGACCGUUCCGUCAUCUCCAUCUCAAAGGAUGUCUCCCUUACGUCUGGGGUGUUGAAAGAGCUUGGGCACAUACUUGAUAAGGACAAGGAAACUGGGACAUUCUCGGAGAAUGCCGUCCAAACCGCAGAUGGCGUCGUCAAGGAGUGUCUGGAGGUGUUUCAGGAGAUGGAGAACAUAUUGGUGAAGAAAUUGCCCAGUCUGGAACGUGGACGUAGGGAAGGGAAGGGAGGAGAGAGGGCGAAGAGGGCGACGAUCAUGUUGGAGAGGCUCAAGUGGGGGUAUUUGCAGCCGAAGCUACAACUGCUGCGAAGCAAUCUGGACAGACUGAAAUCGACGCUCUUGUUGAUGUUAAAUGUUAUCACUUACGCUAGGCAGGUGUCUGGGAAAACCGAGCCGCCAUCUGUGAUCGCUGAGCAGAGGUCUCUCAUCGAGGAUCUGGCGCAUUCGAACCGCGAAUACAUUCGCAAAUUUGAAGGAUUGAAGCUUGGAGUUGGGGGACCUGCAGUAGAGCAUGUGGAUGAUGCUUUAAGCAUUGGAGCAUUCGAAGGGGAACCGAGCACUACAACAGGGUCACAGCCAGGAGCAUCUACCCGCACAUUUGAGAGGAUGAAGCUUUCUAUUGGAGGGAUACCGCUACAGGACAGAAACAAUCCUUGGGGCCUUGGAUCCAGGGGGCCCACCACUGCGAUAAAUUCGUCGCCAAAAGCACCAAGCAGUGUGACAAGAUCGCUGGCCACGCCGCCAAACGCAAACAUCGAAAACGUGUUCAUCAAUACAAACGUACAGACUAAAAAGGCAAUGCCACCAGUAGGAGAGCGAGGAAUACCAACAACAGAGGCGUCGAUGGGGUUGGACCAAGAAGUGCUCUUCAAGCAGCUUGAACAUUAUUCGAUGCUCAUCAGAAAUUUACUGAAAGAGGUGGAUGAAGCACAAUAUAAGGUCACAUACAAGAGCCGAUUGCGAGUGAAGGGCGGUAUAGCAGGUCUCCAUGAGGGUGAAAGGCAGGAGCUUGAGAAGAUUUGGGGGUGCACGGCGCUGCAAAGUGCGGAAGAAAGACUUGAUUCUCUCACGGAGGGACUGGAAGAACUGCCUAGGAUGAAUAGAUUCGUGGCGAGAGACCCUGUCAAGAUGUUCUCCCCUAGCAAGCUGAGGCUCAAGAGAACACCCCUGUCGAUGGCGGCAAACCGUGGGCCCGACAGCAGAGAGCAAGAGGAGGCUUCCUUCUGGUUACCACAAGCCACACCGGAUGGACGUUUGGUCUAUUUGAAUUCAAUCACUGGGACAUCCACGAUGGAAAACCCUUCCAAAAUGUCAAUUUCGGUCAACGAGGCUGCCGCAAAACGGAGCAGGAUCAUCGGUAUGUCUGAGAACAAUCGAAAUCCUAUUGAUAGGCUGGCUGGGGUCUACACAAGGAACGAUUCCGUACCAGAGUCGGAAUAUUACCUUUCAGAUAAGAAAUACAUCAAGAUUUCGGACUCCGUCCCAAGAGCCUCGAGAGACAAUCCGAGAAUUGAGGAGUCAUGCGCGCCAAUCGCCGACACGGAUAUCAAGCCGGCAGGGGAGCGGACCAGAAAAAAAGCAGAUCAUGCUAGUACGUCGAGUGACAUGAAGACCCGAACCUUAGGCCGCAAGAAUGUCAAGGGUCUUGCGUUGAGCGCCGCACCAAAGGCGGUCCCUGCUCCGUCAGCGACUGGCACAGCGAGGGAUGAAGUGGGGAUGGAGCAUUAUCCUAAUCUGUGGGAAGCAAGCAUUGUUGGAGCAGCGGCUGGCGCAGGCGCUUUCACCUCACACCACCUAUCGGGCCAAUCAAGUGAAAACGGGCCUGUGCAGUUUCGAGACUCGAAACCCACGGUUGCUGAGUACUCCGAUCGAGAUCCUAAUACGGACAAAUGGCUAGAGCAGGAACAUGAAAGGGAAGAUCGCUGUCAUGAAUCCGAAAGUUUGAAAUUAAAACUAUAUUCAUUGGCUGACUACCAGAAUAUGACAAAUUACACCGAUGACGGCAGGGAUGCCCCAUACCUGGACAAAGUCACCGCUACGCAAGACCCACAGGCUGUAGCGCCGUUCAACCUUCGGAUGGGGGAUGAUAUGCCUCAAUCGAAACCAUCUUCCUUACUUGAUCAUCUUUGCGGAACCAAGGACGCUGGAGUAACACCAGAUGGUACAGUGCUGAUCGAGCAGUUCCGUGGAUUGAAACGGAACUUCGAGCAAGAGCAUCAAGAGACAGUUUACGGGAACCGAACGAGUGAGACAGAAGUCACCGCUCGCGCUAGUCAGAAUACAGUACCUCUUCCGGAGGACAACGCCGCCUUGGAUGCAAAAUUCCCGCGUGCCAUCGCUUCCUAUUUCCGAGACCAUGAAGGUUCAAAGAUGCCUCAAGCCAUAGCGCAGCGUUCCACAUUGGCGGGUUCCCAAGAGUAUCAAGAUGCUUCACCCGGUGACAUUGGAAUUCCAGGACUCUCUGCGCGCAGUGACUGUUCUCAGAAUGAUGCGCUUGAAAGUCUCGCCGGCGCCAGAAAUUCAAGGCCUUCUCGGUCUGUUUCUGAUGGUAUGGGAGAAAGACAGAUGGAUCGGGCUUUGAGAAUCAUGAUUCCAGAUCCUGAUGGUGUAUUGAAGCCUACCACUCUCCCUCCCCUUCGCAGGCCAGACCAAGGUCCUGUCCUCGAAUUCUGGAACAUUUUCGGACCAACGAAAAACGGCCGAGAAAGGUCGAUCCGCCGAAGAUCAACUCGUGCUGCUUUUGCUUCCAAAGGUUUCAAGCACCCAUUGGUGUUGUCAGUUGGCGCGACCGCAUGGACCACGUCAAGAAUCAUCAUCAUUGUUUGGGCCAUCGUCUGGCGGCCGCUCGAUAUGACUUUGCCCUCAUUGAAUACUUUUGGCAAAAUGGCUUACUGUCGUUGGCGGACUAUCAGGGAAUUGAAACCGAAUUCUGUCAACAAGCAUGGCAACAACAUUGGCCACGCAGAGCAAGCGGAUACAUCGAUUCUUAAGGGACUUCAGACCAACAAGCAAGGCAUGGUUAUCGGUCCUGAAGGCGUCCCGAUCGCUCGUCUCGUGGAAGGCAAGGCAAACGAGCUUGUCGGCAAGAUAUGUGACGAGGACGGUCAGCUCUGGAAUGAUCUCGGCAAGGUCAUCGGACGGUGCGAGCUUAUCCCUGAGAAUGAGCGCGAGGCUAAAGCUGAAGGUUCUUUCGCUGGGCUGGAGGGCUGUGUCGUUGUCAAGGAUGGCAUGAUUGAAGACGAAAAUAAACGUAGAGUUGGAGUCGUUGUCGAGGGCGAUGCGACGCGACUUAUUGGCCGUGCUGUUGAUGAAGACGGAGAUAUCAUUGACAAUUAUGGUAACGUCAAAGGUCAUGCCGAGCUGUAUGAGGAACCCCAAGAAGAAAUGGCAGAACUGUCUUCCAUGGGAGGGGACCUCGUCGAAAGUGCUGUGGAUGAAGCAAUAGAGCCCGUCACUCGAUUCAAAAUCGAUGAAGAGGUGAUCAAUUCGCACGUCACGGGAUCAGGGUACAGGCCACCCAUGCGUCGUGCAGUUGCAGCAUGCACAGCCUGUAGAGAACAGAGGGUCAAAUGCGACAGGGCCGAGCCAAUGUGUGUCCAUUGCGAACAAUACGGGGUAAAAUGCAUCUACAACAAUAAUACAAAUCUGAGCCAAGGCGCUGGUCCAGACCUAUCUUCUAAUGUCAGACCCGGUGCAGAUCGCCCAACGUUCCAGCGAGAUGACAGCUUCUCAGACUCGGCUGCAGAAGCGAAGAUGGAAGCCGACCGCAAUUUUUUCAAUGAACCGAAAUCUGCAAUCUCAAGUAGACAUUACCUACUCUCUUUCAGCGACGACGUCCCCAACAGUGACCGGAUUCUCGAGCGUGCCGAUCCCCUACGGCCUCCCGCCUCUGAUGCAGAGAAGCGCAUUCAAAAGCAAGCCGAUACUUUUCAGUGCACAUUAUGCCCGAAGAAGUUCACUCGCGCUUACAACUUACGAUCUCACCUCCGGACCCAUACUGGGGAGCGACCUUUUCUAUGCACAGUCUGCGGCGAAUCUUUCGCGCGCCUGUUCGAUCUCAAAAGACAUGCGGCGCUGCACAGCGGAGAGGAAUCUCAUUCCGACGAGCGCGAUCCUGGUAGCGAUGUCGAUUCAAAGGCAUCGAUGAAGAGAGGAGAAGAGAGUUCAACACAUACGCGUCCCCAAGAAAAAGACCGGAAAUUCAUUUGGCCGGAGUUGGGGGACGACUCUCCGGACAUCAUAAUUCCUGUCGGCACAUCGUAUGAUGCGGCCGCCCCUUCAUCCAUCGACAACGCCUACUUGACUGAAGGUGACGAAGAGCAGAAAAACAGAUUUAUGGAGACGACAGACGAGUACAAAGAGUUAAUGGACGAGAAUGUCCUUGGUCAAGACUUUCACCAGCAGGCACGCAUGCAACAGCAUCGAAGUGCACUCGACGCAUCAGCUCUCAUGGAAGAACCCUCAGGUCCAACCUCUCCUCGUUAUACCUGGUCUUUUUCAGCACCCACGGAGUUCAAGUUUCCAGAGACGCAAGAUACGGCAGCGGCGCGAACUAGAAUCCAGGAUCCAGGCAUUGACUUGGAUUUAGUGGAUAGCGUGCUGGAAAGAGGGAGCUCUGAGAGGUGGCAGCGCGGAAGCGAACAAGGCGAUCCGGGGAUGGCGGAUAUGGAGUUGGUAGAUCGCCUCGUUUUCUUGUGGACCACGGUGAAGCAUUUGUAA